AUGAAUACCUCUAAAUCAUUUAAGAUAUAAACUUUGGACCCUGCAUACUAAGUGGCUUAAUAAUUGGUGAAGAUUGAAGAGGAAAUUUCUUAGCCUAACCAAUGUUUUAAUUUUGGCCUUUGGUCUAAAUACAAUCCCUUAAGUUCAAUAUCCUAAGUUGGCCCGGUUGGAAUAUUUGGGAGUAAUUGCUACUAAUUACUUAAUAUAAUUGAUAUAAUCAAUAAUGAGAUAAUUUUCAUGUAUUACGAUUGUUUAGAUAAUGAGAAAAAUCAAAUAAAGAAAUAUAUCAAAUUUGUGAAAGAUGAUGGAGAAUAGAAAAUAUAUGAGAUUCAGAUUGAAGGAAAUGAAUAUGAAAGCUUUUGGUAUUUUCUUGAAAUAAUAUCGUGGCCAAUCAAUCAACAAUUUGAAAUUUUAAUAAUAUCAUAAUCAUAAUUAAUAUUAAGGUAAAAAAUUGAUGAAAUAAUAAAUCCAUUUGGAUAAUAUUUUUAAAUUACAUUUGGAGAUAGCCUAAUCGUAAGUAAAUCGAGAAUAAAAUCAAUUGUAACCGAAUAAAAAUUUUCGUAUUUUCCUGGUAGAAUAAUAAUACAAAAGUUAUAGAUAGAAGAUUAAAUAACAAUUGAUAAUUGGUUCGAAUAUGUGAAAAAUAUUUUUUAAGAGUAUGAAACCUGUAAUUGUUAACCGAAUGUAAAUAAUUAAAUUCCAGAUUUAUUUCUAAGAUCUUCUUAAAAAGGAGAAUUUGUUUCUGAAUAAAAAAAUUGUAAUUCUUUUAUUUUAUCAGGAUGGUUUAAAAUUAAGAAUAUCAUAAAUUAAAAUGAUGAAUUUAUUUAUCCAUUUAUAAAAAUAGCUGCCAAUUUUGAAAAUCCAACUUUGUCGAAUAAAAAUUUGUCUCCUAUACAAGUAUUCUAUGAUUUGUCUAAAAUUAAAAAUUAAAUUAUAGUUACAACCUAUAGUUAUACUUUUCCAUCAGUCACAAUCGAUUUUACUAACAAUCCUAAUUUAAUAAUAAACUCAUUCGAGAUUUUAAACAGCAUAACAGUAUGGCAUAAGAUUUAAAUUAAAUUAUUAAAUAGUUAGAUGGAUAUUCAGAUUACUUUCUAUGAUGGUUACAAAAUUAUUUAAUACAGUAAAUAAUUAUAAGUUAGGCAAUUUUAAGAAAAUUAAUUUAAAUUAUAAUUUGGAAAUUUUGAAUAGCUUGAAACAAAUUAUUUAGACUUAUAGAUAAAUAACUUUUAUUUUUUUAAUUGUGAUUAAUCUUUCUCUGAAAAUAAUUGCCAUCAUACCUGUUUAGAAUGUGAUGGACCAACAAAAGAAGAUUGUUUAUCUUGUUCUGAAGAAAGUAAGAGAAUUUACUUACCGGAAUACAAAGAAUGUAUUUGUCCUAUUAAUACAAUCGAUAAUUAAAUUUGUAUUGGCUAUGUUGAGGCAUAAUUAUAGUUGAUUGAAGAGCCAUUCAUCAGUCAAGAAUGUGAAUAUGGUUAUUAUGAGUUAGAUAACGAAUGCUAUAGAUGGUAAUUUAUGUUCAAAUAUUUAGUCCUUCAAUCAUAAGUAAAACUUUAAGAACUUGUUUAGAAUGUCUCUAAAAUCCUAAAUCAUUUAGUUUAUAACCAUUUUGUCAUAACGACUUACAUAUAAGUCAACAAAGUUAGACAGAAAUGCUUAACUAUUAAUAUUAUGAUUAUUUGCUUUUUAAUGGAAUUGAUACUAAUGUACUCAGGUGCUCUACGUGUUAUAAGGUCCCAUAUUAAGACCAGGAUUAUAUAUAUCAAGAUUUGUAGCAAAAAUCUUAAGCUUUUGAGACAUUCUAUGUCAGUUAGAAUUACGAAUGCAUUGGAAAAUAUAUCUCAAUAGUUGGAUUCAAAUGUCUAAGUUGCUCAAGUCAAAAAUAAUUUGAAAAUGGAGAAUGUAAUAAUUAUAUAUAUUAUGAAACUGAUGCCAUUUGUAAUCCUCCCUACUAUGUUACCUCUAGAAAUAAAUGCAAUUUAUGCCCGAUAAAAAAUUGCAUUUAUUGUUUUGAAUAUCAAAAGGAAGACAUUAACUUUAAAAGUACCUUAUAUAAAGAUUUUUAAAGUUUUAAUUAAGAUUAAAUGAUAUCAAUUGGGUGUGCAAUGUGUGAAGAUGGAUUUGUCUUUUAUUUUUCUAUUGGUGAAUGCUUAAAAUAAUAGUCAAAAAUUUCAACUUGUUUGAGGUCAUUUAUUAAUUUGGAGGGCAAAGAAAUUUGUACACUCUCAUCCCAAAUUGAUUUCAGCAUUGCACCUGAAAUAAUAAAUUGUUAGAAAUAUUACUCUAAUUGUUUAUAAUGUGUUCUAACUCCUCAAACCAAAAUAUAGUGUAUACACUGUAGGGAAGGAUUCGUCAGCUCUUUGUUAACUGGGGAUUGUUUUCCAAAUUUGGAUGACAUAUAUAUAGAAUAUACCUAGUCUCGAGUCUAAGGUGAUUCAUAUAAAUAGGAUGGUUGGGUAUUAAUGAUUUAAAGUUUUAUGAUGCAAUUUUUACCUUAAUAAUAUUACUAUCCACAUAAUCUUAACAGUUUAACUGAGUUUUCUAUCAAAUGUAAAGAGGGCUCUUAGUUGACAGAACAAUAUGAAUGCUACGAAUAUUGCAGUAAGGAUUGUAUUAAUUGCAUAAAACAUUCUUUAAAUUUUAUAUGCAAGGAAUGUUCUUUAAAUUACUAUAAAUAGCCAAUUAGAGUUGAAUAAGAAGGCAAAUGUGUUCGUUGUUCUCAAUUAUGCGAAUAUUGUUAACAGAGAACAGAAGAAGAAAUUUAUGUAAGUUCUUAUUCUAUUGUAGAAAUUGAAUUCCCAGUUUAUGCUUUCAGAAAUAAACUUACCAUAUACUAUGAAGUGUAUUAAGCCAAUCGAAGAUCCUUAAGUCAAAAUUAAUCCUUAUACUUAGAAUGUUAAAUACUGUUUUAAUAAAGGCUGUUAUAAUAGGUUUUCGUUUGAUUUUUGUUUAACAGGUUGUAUUUUGAAUAAAUAUCGUCCUGGAUAUUAUGAAGAAGAUAUAGAUAAAGAAUAUUGUAAUCUAAUUGGAGUAGACUAGUUGACAAUUAAUUUUUAUUUUUCAAUUAAAAGUCAACAACUAUGCAGAUUUACUACUGGAAUUGCAAUUUCAACCUCAUUAAAGUAAUUUAUAUUUUCCCUUUAAGAAAAUUACCUUAAUCUCUAUUCUAUUCAUGAUAGCGUCUUUUAAUCAAAAUAAUCAAUUUAGAUAAAUAAUUUCGAUUCAGUGGUAAUCCAAAAUUUAACCUUUAUUUUAUAAGAUGGCUUUAUCAUUAACAAUAACAGCAGUAAGGUAGAUAUAACAGUAAAAAAUUUCCUAUUGACUCAAAGCUCUUUUAUAGAUUUAACAGUUUUUUACACUUAACUGUAUGGAAAAAUAGAGAUUUAGAAUUUUAGUAUUGUUGAUUCUAUCAUUCAAAACUCUAAAUUUUUUGAUUUUUAAUAGCAAUCAAUUUAAAUAUUAUUAAAUAUCAAAAAAAUGUUUUUGAGGAAUUGCUAGCUAAUCAACUCAACAUUAUUUUAUCUAAAGAACAACUAAGCAGUUAUAUCUUUAAAUGAUAUUGUAAUUGAAAAUUGUUCUUUUGUGAAUUCAUCAUUUUUCUCUUUACAAACAGAUUUUAACCAUCAAAAUAAAAUUCAAUUUUAAUCUGUUGAAAUAAGAAAAUGUUACUUUUCUUUUUCCUAUUUUCUCUUAAGCUAUAGUGGAUUUUCAAUAAUAGCAAGCAAUUUACACUUUGUUUAGAACUAAUUGAAUAAUUCUAUUAUAUUAGCUUUUAAUGAUAAUUUAGAAUUAACAAUGAUAAAAACAUAUCAAAAUGUUCUCAUUGAAUCCACAAUCAUUUCAACUUUGAAUAUGUUUAAUUAACAAAUUAUUCUAUGUAUUAUAGAGGAUUAUGAGGAUAAUUAAAGUACUUUUGUUCGAGAUUCAAGUCUAAUAACAAUUUAUUCAAGUCUUAGAAUCAAUAAUUACAUUGUAUUUAUUACAAAUAUAAAAAUUUAAGAAAAUUAAUUGGCUAAUAUCUAAUCUCCAAAAAUUUAAUUAUUGAAGUUGCAUUGCUCUAAUUUAGUUUUAAAGAAUGCUUUAUUUGCAAACUUGCAAAAUUUAGUAGUUUUAUACCUUUUUGAAAUUUAGUCAGUUGUUAUUAAUUCCAUAAGAUAUGAAAAUUCAGAAUAAAAAUAUAAAAUCCCUUUAUCUUAUCUCUGUUCAAAUUCAGUAUAAAUUAGAAAUUAAUUAAUUGAAUUGAUAGGUUUUUAAUAAUUGGAAUUAUCUAACAUCUACAUAAUAAAUCAAUUCUCUAUUAAUUAUUCAUUGAUGGAUAUCAUUUUUAGUAACUAAUUCAUUAGUGACUCAAUUAAAAAAGUAUCUUUCACGAAUUUAUAAUUUAGAGGGAAUAUUUUAUUAAAGAACUAAUAAGCAGCUUCUUUUUCACUGCUUAGUCUAUAUUCUUAAUUUAAUUUAAGCAUAUUCAUAAAUGAUAUCAUUUUUAUUAAAAACUUUAUUCAUUAAUAAAUUGAUGAGUUAUUGGAUACAUAAAUUAGUUUAUUAUAUUUGAGUUCAUAUGAUAGCUUUGUGAAAAUUGAUAAAAUAUAAUGUUCUCAAAAUGCAUAAACUAAUUCAACUAAUCCGUAUCUAAUUUUAAGUGCCAAUUAGAUUGUUAUUUAAAAUAUAACAGUUUUUAAUCAUAAUUUCUUAGAAUAAGCUUUAUGGCAGUAAUUUUAUGAGUUUGAAUUACAAAGUGAAUAUAAUUAAAAUGAAAUGAACUCUAUUGUUUAAUCAACAUUAAAAAUUUUAAAUUAAGGAAUAAAAAUUAUGGCUUCUAUUAUCAUUUGCUAUGACAGCCAGUUUUUAGAUAUACUUGCUUAAAAAAGUUCAAUUUUUGAAAUUAUAACCAAAGGAUAAUCAGUUUAUAAAAUCUUUAUAUUCAUUCAAUUUUCAGUAAUUUAUUAGCUACUGAAAGUGCUGGUUGUAUAACAAUAAUUUCUACAAAUAGUCAUUUAUAUUUUGAGAUUAAUCAAAUAAAAUUUACAAAUAUUUUUAACAGAAUGGAUUCAUCAAUAUUUACAAUUACACCAUCUCUAAAAUCCAAUUUUAUUCAACUUAGUGAUAUUUUAAUAGAAAAUUGCCUUUCCUUAAUGA